UCUUCUUCCAAGCGUACGCAAGAUAAAGCAUUGUUUUGACAAAGAAUUUCACGACAGUUGUGGUUUUUAUGCAAAUUUUCGGAUAUAAAGCGCAUUUCGUUGCACAUUUUAUUUCACGAAUGAAGGUUUAGGAAAGUGUUUUAUUAAUUUUAUUGUGUAAUCAAAUAUAUAUUUUUAAAAAGGGAUUAUCUUUUUCUUAUUAAAGUAGAAAUUAUAUUUUCAAGAAAAGCAUUAACAUGUCCGUCAAUGAAGAAAAAUCUCCAGUUAAGUCGGUUAACUCAGAUGUAACAUUAAUUGAACAAGAAAGGGCGAAUAAAAUACUAAAAGCUAAAGAACUAUAUAGUCACGGUUCGCGCAAUUUUCUCGUAAAAUCCUAUACGGAAGCCGCCGAUGAGUUGAGUCAAGUAUGCGGUUUUUAUGAAGACCUUUACGGCGAGUUAUCGGACGAGCUGGGAAUGCCUUACUUGCUUUAUGCAAAGUCAUUGAUAGCUUUGGCUUUGGAUGAAAAUAAAGUUAUCGAUGUCCCUGAUGAAGACGAUGAAGACGAUGAUGAUGACGACGGUGAUGAUGAUAAUGGUGGUGGUGAUGAGGAUCAGUUAGUUGAAAACUCAACAAAGGUUACGGAAAACAAAGAAGAUAUCGAGACCUCAGUAAAAGAUACGAAAAAUAAUAAUGAAACUAAAAUAGUUAACAAUGAUCGGAAAUUGCCAGCCGUUGAAGAAAGCACCGAACCAGAAGCAACUAUCGAUUCUACUGAUGACGUUGAAAAGAAAGAAAUAACGCAGAGUGAGAAAUCUUCUGUAGAAAAGACUAAAGAUAAUGCAGAUAAAUCCACUGAAGAAUCGCAAGUAAGCAGCACAGAUGACGGUUCCGAAGAUAAGAACGAUGUUACGGCCACAGAAGUAGUGAAAACCAAUGGAGUUUCGGAAAGUUCGUCAAUUAACGAUGGCGAAAAACCUAGCACUUCAAAUGGUGAAAAGACUAUUGAAAAUGGCGAGGAUAUAGAAGAGGAUGAAGCGGCUUCUAAUCUUCAACUGGCCUGGGAAAUACUUGAGUUAGCGGCAAAAAUAUUUGAACGUCAAGGGGAACGUGGCCUCGCCAAUUUAGCCGAGGUACAAACGGAAUUAGCAAACAUUGAAUUUGAGAAUAAUAUCCUGGACGCCGCACGUGAAGACUACCACAAAGCAUUAUCAAUUUACAAACAGCUACCGAAUAAUUAUCGCCGUGCCAUGGCCGAAAUUCAUUACAAAAUUGGUUUAAGUUAUCUAAUGCAGCAGCUGAAUAAAGACGGUUCGGGUGCCUUAAAGGAAGCCUGUAAAUUAAUUGAGGAUGAAAUCGCUGAAAUUAAGAUUAAAACUGAAAUCAAUGAAAAAGAUAAAAAUAAUAUUGAAGAUAUGGAGGAAACUAAACAGGAAAUAUGGGCAAAAAUUGCAGAAAUUGAGGAAGCGCAAGCUCAGAAUAUCGCCGAAGUAAGAGCGGCAUUAGAUAGUUAUAUAAAACCACUUCACAGCGUUGAUAGUGGUGCUGGUACGUCAAAAGCUGGUUCUGCAGAUGCCACCUCGCCCUUGCCUUCAUCCUCUACCAAUUCUUCAACGGCCAUUACAUCAUCAGCCAAACCAACGGACAUUUCACAUUUAAUAAAGCGUAAAAGACCGGAAGAGCCCACUUCAGAAGCAGAAGCUGCCUCGCCGGCAAAACGUCCAGCAUUGUAAAUGGUUGUUCAAUUUAAAAACAACCUCAUUCCAAUAAACGGGGAGAAUAAUAAAAAUAAGAAGGAAAAGAUACUAUAAAUACUAGACUAUAUAUACACAUUAAGUACAUUUCAUUAGCGUCAUGUGUUUCUUUGCAUUUCCAUCUAAAAAAUGAAGUGAACAUGUUUUUUGUAAUAUUUUUUUUUUUUUUUUUUU